AUGGAGGCAGUAUCGGGUGGUGAAGCGCGAGUUAGCAUCAAGUGGUCGGCUCAGCUGAAACUAGGCAGCAAGCGGCCCGUGCCUUCCCCUACGUCGGACGACUACAGCAGUUGGACAGUCGAUCAAUUGAAGCUAGAGUGCACCGUGCGUAGACUCUCGGUAGCGAAAAACACUAGCAAGGCGGACCGAGUGGCCAUAUUCCACGGGUACGAUGGGUCCAAAAAAGCUAUGGAGCUGCUUCUUGAGCAUCAACGCGCUGCUAAACGAGGCCGCAGGGAAGGGAAGAGUAGCGCUGAGAGGCGAUCUCGUCAUGGUGGUCGUAGGUUCUGGGAAGAAGUUGCUGAAGCCUUCAAUACAUUGAAUGAAGACUUUGACAGCCUCGUUUCUGAUGAGGCAUUGUUUGAAGGGAUCGAUCCUAGCCAAAUUACAACACAUUCUGGAGCAAAGGUGAGGGAUAUGUGGAAAGAGUGCAGUUGUCGGUUCGCUGCUGCAGAAGGAAGUUGCCAGCUCUCUGAGUCCCAUGAUGAAUUUUGGAACUUUUACCAGGGAGAUAAGGUUGCUAUGUAUGUGCACCUUUGGUACAAGCACCGCGGUUCUGGUCGUGAAUUAUGCGCUACGUUCAUUUACGAAGAUAACGAAGAUGACGAAUCCAAGGAGACGGAGGAAGGGGCGAAUAAAACAAAAAAAACCGGAAGCGCCAGCCACAGGAAAAUAUGA